AUGGCUGGGUCGACAAAGAGUACGCCUGUCAAGUUGGCGCCGAAUAAGGUCACUGGGUCUGGGAAGAAGCCUACGAGCGAGAUUUUGCGGCUGCUGAAGGAGACGGAUGAGCUUACGAAACGGUGUUCGGCCUUGCGCGUGGAUUCGAAGAUCUUGGUCAGGAAUCUCACGGAUUAUGCGACCCAGUUGAAGAAUGUCUCUCGACUGCCGCCUUCAAUCAGUCCAGCUCAACCGGCACCCGGCUCGAAGAAAGCGACGGAUCACCUCACAGGCGGAGGAACAUUGGCACGGCGAAUGGAAGGAUUCCUGACCGUCAAGAUCCAAGAGUGCUUCGAUGAUCUCUACACGCACAUGUGCGAACUGGAAGAAAAGUACUUUGAUUUGGAGGAGGUGAAGGAUGACUUUGUAGCACUCCUGCAAGCGUAUGUCGAUCACGAUCCCUCGCUCGCGCCGAUCGAGUCCGGUAUAUCGCUCACGCCGGCGUAUGAUCUGGUUGAGACGGUAUACAGCCAACUGAGGUUUGAAGCAAGAAGUCGAUGGAAUAUAUGGAAUAGACAUGUAGGAAACGGGGUUGAGGUGACGUGGAAGACGCACAUCAACUGGAAGGAAUUCGCGGAUGAAUGGCGGGAUCUGGAUACGGGAGGAAAGGAGAGCGAGAGCGAUAUAGAGGACUUGAUCCAAGUAGGAGAGCAAUGGGAGGAGCGGCGAUAG